UCGAUAUAUUGCUCCAUUGAAGGACUAUAACACUGCCAAAACAGGCAGUUUUUGUUUUUAUGAAAUAUUCUUCCUAAAUUAUAUAAAAAACGGAGGAAGUAGAUGUAUGAAAUGACUAAAUUCUCUUCGUAUGUGAAAUAUUUCGAUCAAAAAUUGUGUUUCAAUGCAAGUGAAAUUUUCGUUCAUUAUUUACCCUCUAGUGCAACAAAAAAAGUGGGGUUAUGUUCACCGUUACGACGAAAUUGCCGGUGAAAAAUCGUAGUAUUUAUGCAUGAUAUUGAGAAACCAUGAUGUUGAAAUUUCUCAAGCAUAGUGUGUGGAAUUGUUUGGCUUCAUCUGCAAAUAAAGCUCACAAUCUGUCAUUUAAGAAAUUCGUUUCUAUUUACUUUGGAAAUCUCUGUAAGACGAACCGAAAUAACCAAGAACUAUACACUGGUCCAUGGAGCAUAUUAUUCUAUGGAAGUGAUGAUUUUGCCUUGCACAGCUUUAAAGUUCUCAAUGAACGAUAUAGAUCAAAGAAUCUUAUCAAAAGAUUGGAAGUUGUGACGGCGUAUAAGGGCAAAGAAAAUGCACUCAUUAAUUAUGCAACUAAAAAUGGUAUUCUGGUACACACUUGGCCUCUAUCAGUUCCCAUUACCCAAUUCGACUUGGGUUUGGUAGUUUCGUUUGGCCACAUGAUACCAGCUGAAGUGAUAGAUGCGUUCCCAUUAGGUAUGAUUAACGUACAUGCAAGUUUAUUACCAAAACUUAGAGGUGCUGCACCGAUCAUUCGUGCAAUAAUGAACGGUGAUUCUCUGACGGGAGUUACCAUUAUGAGAAUCAUGCCAGAAAAAUUCGAUAUUGGUGAAAUAUUGGCUCAAGAAGAAAUUCCUAUUCAUCCUGAUGAAACAAUGCCUGAAUUAUACACCAAAUUAGCCAAACUCGGCAGUGAUCUAUUAAUCAAAACUGUUGAAAAGUUACCGGAUGUGUUACAUCAAGGACGGGAACAGAACAGUGCAGAUGCUACAUACGCACCUAAAAUUACGGCAAAAGCUUCAGUUAUAAGGUGGAACAAGAUGAGUGCUCAAAAUGUAUACAAUUUGCAACGUGCACUCACUGGGCUUUAUUCCCUGACAACAAAGUUUGAAGGUAUAGCGAUAAAAUUGCACGGUAUUCGUGUUUAUGAAGAGCCAGUGAGUUUAGCAAAUUCCGACGAGGAAAAACCAGGUUGUGUAUUUUAUGACAAAAAAAAGAAUCUUCUGUUGAUACAAUGCAAGGACAAUACGUGGAUCUCAGUCGAUGAAAUCGUUGUGCCCGGUCGAAGGGCAAUGUCUGGGAAAGAUUUUAGAAAUGGUUUUAUGUCCAAAUAUAAAGAAUCCUUGAUCAUCUUUCACUAAACUUUAUUGUGUAUAUAUUUGUAUAGAGAAUAAAAAAAGUUUUAAAUUUA